UACAUAAAAAAAAAAAAUCCACAGGAUUCAAAGCCCUUAGCUUUGAAAAUAGUCUCUUAAAGAGGUAAUAAAUCCAUAAAGAAGAGCCCCAAUUUGCAUUCGUAAUCCACCUCUUCCUAACACAUUAGCUUCUGGUCAUUCUGCUUUAUAUACACAUCAAGUAAAAAAAAUCAAAAAUGGUGAGAAGAAGAGAAGGUCUUACAUUGCCAAUCAUAUCACCGGCGCUUCCCGAGGUCAGAACAGCAGCGACAACGCCGGUGGCCUCACAGAAACCAAAACAUCGAUUAUCAAAACAACUUUCUAUGUGUGAAACACCAAGAGACGUUGCUUGGGAAAGAAGAAGACGUCAGAUGAUAAUGAUUCAAGAAAAGAAGCUGCUUCAUAAAGGCGCUUCAGACAAUCUUUGUGUACAAGCGAAUCUAACGGAUGAAGAUUUAAACGAGCUAAAAGGAUCGAUUGAGCUAGGUUUCGGUUUCAAUGAAGAAGCAGGACAAAAGCUCUGCAAUACAUUACCAGCUCUUGAUCUUUACUUUGCAGUGAAUCGUCAGCUCUCGCCUCUUCCUUCACCUAGCAGCAGCCGUAGCAGCAGUGCAUCUGCAUCAGCUUUCUCAUACAGUAUACCUUGUAGUCCAAAAAAAACUGAUUCAGAUUCUUUGAAAAUCUUAUGCCCAGGGGAUGAUCCUCAACAAAUGAAGCAAAGAUUGAGACAUUGGGCUCAAGCAGUUGCAUGUUCUGUUAUGCAGUCUUAUUGAAGGAGUGUAUAUGUGAGAGAUAGGAAGAAACGAAUCUUUUAUAAUUAGGAUUCGGAAGAAACAAAAAAAAAAAGCAGAAAAAUAUAGAAAAUUUUGG